AUGUGGCACUCGACUCUCCUCCUCGUCCUCUUCUCCUGUGUCUGCGCGGCGCAAAGCCCUUCAAACUCUUCGAAUUCGUUGCUCACCACCUCUUCCAGCGGCAGCGUCGACGAUGUCUACAACGUGUGCCCCGUUGUCGUCGAGUUUACUGAGGAACAAGAAAAUCUCUCGGAUGAUGAACUCAAAGCCAACGCCGCUGACGCAGCCAUGUCUGCGUAUCUACUUAGCCAUCCCAACAACACACUGUGGGACUACUUCAAGAUCGAGAGACGCCAGAAGAAGGCGAUGAACAAGAACCUGCCACUAAAGGAGCGGGUCAAGAAAGCCAUCAAGGGUUUCGUUGACUACACGGCCGACACUCUUAUCGCCAUGGCACAGACUCUCGCUGACGCGAUCGAGUGGAUCAUUAACACUCUUCGGGACCCUCUUGUCGGAGUCAAGCAAAUCACCAGCUUCUUCAAAGAAUUUGGCAAGAACAUCAAGUCUCUGUGGGGACUUAUGAAGGAAGACCCGAAGGAGACGGCCGAGAACAUGGCAGGUGGCUUGCUACUCCACAUCUCGCACCACCCAUCAGAGUUCACAGCUGAGACUGUGCUUAUGAUCAGUGGUGGCUUCGCAGUGAUCGGUGGUCUAAUGGCUGGAGUUGAAGCUGUCUUCGGUACGAUGAGCAACGUCAUAUCCAACGUCCUGCUGUCUGUACUCAUGUUCAUCCAUGCCAUCGAUGAUCCGAUCUACAUCGUCACUCCCCUCGUCACGUCCAUUGUUGACACGGCUGGAAAGCUAACCGCUAACAACACCGCGGACAGUACAGUGCUUACGAUCGACGCGAUUGAGCCCUUGGAGACGUGUCAAAUUCCGGAAGAAUUCCGCCCGGUUUUCUCCUCGCGCGACUUGUGUUUGAGUAACCCCAAGCAAGUUCGACAGCUGAUCUUCGGUACACACAAGCGCGCUGCCCAGAUGACUCAGCAAGAGCGUAUUGCUGCAUACAACCGCUUUCAUGAUUUUGUGUGCUGCUACCUGGAAGACCAGGAGUUCGAGGUGAAUGCUCCUAAGAUGGACGAAACAGCUUUUGAAGCUGAGCUGGUGUCUACUCCUGUGAAGAUGCAAAACUGUACUCAGCUUAUGGGUAACUAUAGUGCCGACACGGUGUGGAAAUCUUCUACUACUGGAAGCUCCGAGGUGGCCCUCGAUGAUGACAACGAAAUUGACACGACUGAGGCGAAUGCCGGCAAGACAGGGCUUCGCAAAGAAUAG